UCAAAAUGGACGGUUUUAUCUUAACGCAGUCCCCAUACCACCUCGUUAUCAUCAUAGCCGGCUACCUCUUGGCCAUCAAACUCGGGUCCAUCCUCAUGAAAAACCGCCAACCUUUCGAGUUAAAGCAAGUCCUCGUCUAUUACAACUACUCUCAGAUUUUCUUCAACGUCUAUCUCCUGCUUACGGUCCUCCCGGUGUCCCAUAAGACGUCCAUGUUCUGUCGCCCCGACGACGAUCAGUUCGAAGGUACCGCCACGACAACCACGCUCCACCAGCAGUACGUCGCCCUCAAACUAUACGAUUUUCUAGACACUAUCUUCUUCGUGCUUCGGAAAAAACAAGACCAAAUCAGUUUCUUGCACGUGUACCACCAUAUUCUGGUUUUUGGGGUUUCUUGGGUACUGUUGAAGUAUUUUCCAAUAGGGCCGUACCCUGUAGGGCCGCCGAUGCUUUUCUUUAUUGUUAACUGCUUUGUUCAUGCCGUCAUGUACACGUACUACUUGAAGAGCGCUAGACAACGAGUCAAGAACUUGUUGUGGAAGAAGUACGUCACGUUAUUGCAGCUUGUUCAACACUACGUCAUGCUUUUUCUGAGUAUAAAUGCUCUGACGAGUGGAAGUUGCCCUUAUCCUAAAGGGCUCGUACUGGUUGCGGUUGUGGGGUUUUUCAGUAUGGUUUAUCUUUUUAGCCAGUUUUACUACCGUGCUUAUGUACGCAAAAAUGGAAAACCGACGUGUAAGGAUUAGGGGAUUUGGCGGAAAUUUUCGUUUCUCUUCUAGGGUAGAGUAGUUAGAUCUAUUAUGUUGAGAGAUUUUUUUUUUGUAAGUAAAGUUUUACGAUAAA